AUGAAUUGGAAGAUUCACUCAGAAAAACUCUUACACACCAGAGGAUUUCCAAAUAUGAAGUCAGAAGGCAGGGAAAAUGGAGGAGAGAGUAGUGCUGCUCCCGAAAGGGGAGUCAACAGAACAGGAGAUAGGGUAAAGGGGAGGAGGAAACUGAAAACCCGACAAGCCAACGAGCUAAAGAAAGAGUCAGCCGGAAUUUCCUCAUAUCGUACCGGUCCUAUAAGCAGAACAAUUAAGACAGAUAUGAGACUCCCAUAA